AUGUCCGCGAGCCUUGUUUCCACCGAGGAAGUCGCCCCUGGGCAGUCAUCGGCACGCGAAUCGCCCGCCUUAGGAGUAGACGCAUGUCCUACCUGCGGAACCUCCUCCUCGCUCCUGCCGGACCUGGAUCCGACUGUCGCCGCGAAGCGCAUCGUCGAGCUCGAGGCCCAAGUAAGGCUGCUCACGGACAAGGCCACCUCCGCUGUAGACAGGAUUGCAGAUUACGAGGACGAGCUGCGCCGUCUGAGGUCGUCGCAAACGGCGGGCAGCAAGCGCUUUUCAGUCGAUCCCGCGCUUGCCCUUACACCAUCCACCAGCAUUGCUUCCGAAGACGGCAUCAGGCCCCAUACUGCUAAUCCAACAGGCGCUGCUCCUGCCUCGCGCAUGUCCCGCUUUUCUUCUCUCCUCACGCGCAAGUCCAUCAGCGGCCCUUCCUCAUCCGGUCCCUCCGUGACUCCGCUCCCGUCGGCCCUACCCCACAGAUCGGAUGAUGAUGAGCUUCGCGAUGCUCUUGAGAAAGAGAGAUGCCUUCGUCGCGACGCCGAGACAAAGGUUUCCGCCAUGAGCAGCGAAAUUGAGGAGCUUAGCGUGACGCUUUUCCAGCAAGCGAACGAAAUGGUGGCUGAGGAGCGCAGGGCCCGCGCAAAACUGGAAGAGCGCGUUGCCGUUCUGGAGAAGAGAGACAAAGAGAAGAGAUCCAGGCUGGAAAGGCUCGAAAAUGCCGUUAAGCGAAUCGACAGGGUCCGUGGAUUGCUGGCGACUUGA